CGCUACGGCCUUGUGAAGCGGGCGGAUUGGCUGGGGGCGCUUCGCUCAGCCAAUCCGGGUGCGUCCGGGCGUCGCGGCCCCGCCUCCUCCCCAGCGCUCGGGACUUGUAGCGCUCCGCGGGAAGAAGGCUGGAGCCCCGGUAGCCGUGGGGCUGGGAUGGAGGCGGGAGUGGUGCCGGGGAGGGAUGCGCCCGCACCCGCGGCGAGUCAGCCCAGCAGCUGCGGAAAACACAACUCGCCGGAGAGGAAAGUUUAUAUGGACUAUAAUGCAACCACUCCCCUGGAGCCAGAAGUUAUCCAGGCCAUGACCGAGGCCAUGUGGGAAGCCUGGGGCAAUCCCAGCAGCCUGUAUCCAGCAGGAAGAAAGGCCAAGGAUAUUAUAAAUGCAGCCCGGGAAAGCCUCGCGAAGAUGAUAGGAGGGAAACCUCAAGAUAUAAUCUUCACUUCCGGGGGCACUGAGUCAAAUAAUUUAGUAAUCCAUUCUGUGGUGAAACAUUUCCACGCAAACCAGACCUCAAAGGGACACGCGGGUGGGCACCACAGUCCAGUGGAGGGGGCCAAGCCCCAUUUCAUUACUUCCUUGGUGGAACACGACUCCAUCCGGCUGCCCCUGGAGCACCUGGCGGAAGAACAAGUGGCAGCGGUCACCUUUGUCCCUGUGUCCAAGGUGAGCGGGCAGGCAGAGGUGGAUGACAUCCUCGCAGCUGUCCGCCCGACCACACGCCUCGUGACCAUCAUGCUGGCCAACAAUGAGACCGGCGUUGUCAUGCCUGUCCCUGAAAUCAGUCAGCGCAUUAAAGCCCUGAACCAGGAACGGGUGGCAACUGGGCUGCCUCCCAUCCUCGUGCACACGGAUGCUGCACAGGCCUUGGGGAAGCAGCGCGUGGAUGUGGAGGACCUGGGCGUGGACUUCCUUACCAUCGUGGGCCACAAGUUUUAUGGUCCCAGGAUUGGCGCACUUUAUGUACGAGGACUUGGUGAAUUUACCCCUCUCUACCCUAUGCUGUUUGGAGGUGGACAAGAACGGAAUUUCAGGCCAGGGACAGAGAACACCCCAAUGAUUGCCGGCCUUGGGAAGGAGAAUGAGCGGUUUCAGGAAGUGCUGCCUGUGCUGUUGAAAGCUUUUCUGCCCUCCUUCGUUUUGCAAGAAUUGUGCUUCCACGUGUGUCUGCCCCAGGCCGCGGAGCUGGUGGCCCAGAACUGCGAGGCUUACGAGGCCCACAUGAGGGACGUCCGCGACUACCUGGAGGAGAGGCUGGAAGCUGAAUUCGGUCAGAAGAGAAUCCAUCUGAAUAGCCAGUUUCCAGGGACCCAGCGGCUUCCCAAUACCUGCAACUUCUCCAUCCGGGGACCCCGGCUUCAAGGCCACAAGGUGCUUGCGCAGUGCCGAGUGCUGCUGGCCAGUGUGGGGGCUGCGUGCCACUCGGACCAUGGGGACCAGCCGUCCCCAGUGCUGCUGAACUACGGCAUCCCCUUCGACGUGGCCAGGAACGCGCUCCGCCUCAGCGUGGGCCGCAGCACCACCAGGGCCGAAGUGGACCUCGUCGUGCAGGACCUGAAGCAGGCCGUGGCGCAGCUGGAGAACCAGGCCUAGCGCCAGGGCCGCCCUCCCCACCCCGCUUCUAGGAAGCCCGUGGCAGGGCACAGGAUUGUCCCUCCAGUUCCCUCCUGAGGGCUGUGCCAGGAUGACUGUCUCAUGCCCCCUCUGCAUUCUGUCCUGGAGUGCCUGCAAGUGUGCACCCCCAGUUUCCUUCCCUGGAUCCGUGCAGAGCUCACAGGGCCCAGGACACUAAUGCCACAUAGGAACGCCCACAUAGGAACUCCCACAUAGAACCGUCCUCCAGUGGUGAAGUGGAAACGCCAGCUUCAUCCACCCUCCCCACUGGGAACUGGGCAAGCCUGUUGCAAGUGCCCUUUCCUGGAAGGUGUUUUUAUCAGGAAGAUAGAAUCCAAAUAUUUAUAACUCAUUGUCAGCCAAAUGCUAUCAUGAACAUAGGAAACUUGAUUUUUUUGCUUUGAUCGUGGCCUCGCACAUGUACCUUUCCUGAGUGGUCUCUUCUCAGGCCCUUUUUAGUCCCUUUCCAAAGCUGCCCCCACCACCCUGCUCCUCUGGCCUCAGUGCACAGUGGCCCCCAGCCUCAGCCAGGCCUGCUCUGCUCAGCGUCUACCGCACACCACCCCUCCUGCUUCCCUGAGCCUGACCCUGUUCUGCCCACUGGCACUCAGGGCUGCGUGCUUCCCCAUCCACAGUCCCCAGGCCUUCUCGUCUUGUCCCUUUUGAUCAUUAACUCAGGGUUUCAGGUCCAACCUCACUGAGCUGGUGCAGCUCCAGGUCAUUCCUGGGGUGGAAAUUGGAUCAUCCCUGACUCAGCUUUUACCUUAAUUUUAUUUGCAGAGGAUUUUUUUCUCAAAAUACUCUGUGGCAUUUGGACACACAUCCCAUGUCGAUGUUUGCAUAGGAGUCAUUUUCAGUGGAAUAACACUUGUAAUGUGUAGUUAUACGGUUCAAGGAACUACAUAAUGAUUUUGAGGAAACACUUGCCAGAAACUAAAAGAACAAAAGAUUUCAGUGCCCGG